AUGGCAUCGUGGCUCCAGAUCCCCAAGAACUCGCCGUUCUCUUUGGCCAACAUCCCGUUCGGCAUCAUCUCGGCGCAGUCCGCCUCGCGCUCACACCUGGGCGUCUUCAGCCAGCCUACGCUGAAUGCCUUUGCCGCCUUGGGUCGCCCUGUCCACCGACAAGUGCGCGAGUAUCUACAGAACAUUCUCAAAGCCGACACCUCGUACCCGCAGGUGUUGAAGGAAAAUGCAUCGCUGCAGAAGUCAGUACUGCUGCCCCUGUCGCAGGUGACGAACCAUGUUCCAAUGCAGAUCGGUGACUACACUGAUUUCUACGCCGGGUUGAACCACGCCUACAAUGUUGGAGUGCUGUUCCGCGGACCGGAGAACGCGUUGCAGCCAAACUACAAGCAUUUGCCCGUGGCUUAUCAUGGCCGAGCCUCGUCAGUCGUGCCAUCCGGCACGGGCCUGCAUCGGCCAAACGGUCAAAUCCUGACCAACCCGACUGCCAACCCCAAAGUGCCCGCCUUCUCCCCUUGCAAGAAACUCGACAUCGAGCUGGAGCUUGCUGCCUUCAUCAGCACGCCCAAUGACCUCGGCACACCUGUCCCAAUUGAUGAGGCCGAGGACCACAUUUUCGGGUUGGUGCUGAUGAACGACUGGUCCGCACGCGACAUCCAGGCCUGGGAGUAUGUCCCGCUGGGCCCCUUCAACGCAAAGAACUUCGGCACGACCAUUACCCCGUGGGUUGUGCUGAUUGACGCCCUUGAGCCCUUCCGCACCGAGGGUCUGGAGCCCGGCAACCGCGAAUCUCUGCUCCCGUAUCUGCGCGAGAAACGCGCCGCCAAUGCCUACGAGAUCCCACUCGAUGUCGAGAUCACCAACCAGGGCGGCAAGCCCACUCAGAUCUCGCGCAGCAAUGCUCGCAACCUGCUGUAUUCUUUCUCACAAAUGGUUGCCCAUCACACUAUCACUGGCUGCAAUUUGAACACUGGUGAUUUGCUGGGUUCUGGUACCAUUUCUGGUACGGAGCCUCACACUGAGGGUAGCUUGCUGGAGCAGACUAACGGGAAAAACCCGCUGAAGUUGGCCGAUGGCUCGGAGCGACUUUUCCUCGAGGACGGCGACACGGUUGUGCUGCGCGGUAUGGCUGGUACUGAAGGGAACUAUGUCGGCUUCGGAGAUUGUGUCGGGACUAUCCUGCCUGCUCAUCCGCUGCCAUAA